AUGUUGACUGCGAACGGCUCUGUCGGACCGCCGCCUUCCAGCACUACGGCUUUAUUGACGGUUAACGGAAUAAUUCCGAACCAACAGAUGAGUGCCCAGCAGACUGGUCGACCAACACCCAUUCUGACUCCAGCAUUUUUUCCAAACACCGCUUUUGCGUCAUUCCCAGUUCCCUUUUCGGGCUCAACUUCAGUGCUACCCUGCAUAGCUUCGCCACAAACCGGGACUUUAUUUCAAGGCCCAGGAGGACAGUUUCCUUUCAACAUGACAGGCUCUAUGCUUGUCGCGCAGCCGCAACCCGUACUAAACGGAACUCCAAUAAAUUUUUCCUCUUUCAACCAACCCGGGAGUGUAAGCAACGCGUCUCCACCCGUUACGGCAACGGUUGUCUUGACAGCUCCAAUCACAAGUGAUGUUUGUCUUACAUCAAAUGCUUCAUUGUCUGUGAUCCAAAAUGGGACAACGUCAAUAACCACUUCGACCACAUCGCUUGCGCCAACCUUUAACGCCGGUGCAGUUGAAUCUACGCCGCCAAUUAAAUGUAAACCAGAGGUCAAACCGGUUGUUCCAACGACCUCAGUUAUUUCAACUAAUACUAAUCCCGAGGCUAGCCUGGCUUCUUUAGAAAAGAGCGAUUUUCAUCGUGGGCUUAUUCUUGAAGCCAUUGAUAAAUUGAGGGACCGUAAAGCUCGACCAGAUCUGGAACGUAUUUCCUGUCUUCUUCGACGUCAACAUAACAUUUCCCCAUCCGAGACGCAACUAUGUCUAAGCCGUUUAGCUGAAAAUGGCUCCGUCGUGUGUGUUGAUUACAAGGGCAAUAUGAGUUAUCGAAAUCCUUCAAAGUGGCGAAAAACAGCUGCGUCUGCUGUGGGAAUCACCAAUCGGCCGCAUAUUAGCCGUCGCAUUCUUGAGGCUAUCCGUUCUCUUAUACCGGAAGGGGGCGACACUACCCAAGGAUUUUCCAUCUUUCAAAUUGAACAAGCUAUUAAACAGCUAACACCUGCCACCCCUCCCAGUGGUGACGCCGAUUCAGAGCAAGGAGCUGCAAGUACUCCAGAGUUAACGGGUCCCGCCCUCCGAAUCUGUCUGGAUCGUGAAGCCACUUACGGAAAGCUUGCCAAGCUCGUCGAUGGACGGUACGUUCUGGAUGAAACAGGGGAUAGGAAGCGCACAUCCGUUGCCGCAUUUCACCUUAACCGAAGACCUUUUGCUGGCAAGCUGCCCACUCAUGGGACAUUCGGGAAGCCCCCUAUAGCCCCAGCACUCGAUUCCAUCAAUGGUAAAACCCAUGGCGUGCUAUCGAUCGCUCCUGGUAGACCAAUAGCGCGCAGACUUCCUUUUCCUGGCGGCAAACGUGGCCGCCCACCUAGCAUUAAGGCGAAGAAGAUCCUCACUUCCUGCUCGCAGCAGCCCAUUUUACCCGCUCCGCCCGACAACCUAAUGACUGCAUUAGAUAAGCGCUUGAAACUCGAAGCCGUACCGGUGACGGCUCCAACUGCGACCUUCGUUCCUUUGGACGGCACAGUAAUGGUCUCGGCGACUCCAAUGCCAACCCUUUCCCUGGCCCCUCCUGCCCCCCCUCCACCUGCACCGGGCGGCAGUGCGCCUCCCCCAACUGCCAUGCUGAUGUAUCCAGGGCUCUACAACCCCACCGUCUUCACUGUUACACCCGAGGCCAUGGUGACAGCCUCCUUCCAACCUGACGCUAAUGCAACAGCGGCAGCGUUGACAACGAGUACUCCUGAUUCCUGUCUAGUUACACCAGAUCAGGUCUCCCUGACUUCUUCCUUCGCUGAACCCACGGUUACGGAGGUGGAAACGUCGAAAAAAGUGGAGACUGAGAUCUCUGGGAUGACCAGCGUGUGCUGUCGCUGCCAACAGUCGGCUACCGAGGAGAAGUUUUUGGUUUGCAGCGAAUGCGGCUUACAGGGUGUGUUUCUCAAGCAUUGCUUUAUUUAUCCGCAAUGGAACUGUUCAACUCGCUUUUCGCCCCAACCGAUUAACCCACCAUGUGGACUUAGGCCACAAGCAAUAUCUGCUCAACAGUACUACCAACACAAUGUCCCUUUCCCCUCGGGUGUUGCUCUCCAGGCCAUCCGGGGACCUCUUGUCAACAACUCGGUCCCUCCUCCACCCCACGGACAGGCAUUUUGUUUGAGGAAGAUUCCUUCAACUAAGAUUUGCACCACAGAGCUUUUUGGCUAUUUCCAGCCUGAAACAAGUCCUGCUGAAGAGUUUCUUUGGAAAACGAACUUUUUUGGUCACGCCUCGGUGCCACAGUUAACAUACACCCUUGUAUAUUUAUUGGGGAAGAUUCUGUGCAUCCGGUCGGGGGUCGAAUUAAGAGAAAUGUCUCUGUGGCAUCCCUUGAAAUUGUUUUGCUGUCGUGAGGCGCAACAACAGGAGCGAAGCGGUGUUAUGGAACGCGAGCUCCACUACACCCCACCAUCUGAGCCUUUUGGAGUUCCGAUACUAUUCGAAAAUGGCAGACGACUGCUAUCACUUAGCGAUCGUGCAAAGAACAGUUCCAUUAUGGUAGUUUUGGGUCACUACCUCAUACGCACCCAUGAAGGCUUGCAGCGCAGCUUGAAAACGGACUGCUACUUCUUGUCGUGGGGCGGUAGCAUACCAGUAACGAAAUUUCGGACAUGCCCUCUCACAGUUACAGCACUCUCGUCAAUUGUGCGCGACAUUCAGGUGGUCCUGACGAACGUGCAUCAAUAUCUACGGCACGGAGUCGUUCCCUUGAAAUUGAAUUUAUGCAACCUUUUUACGCACUGUCAACAAUCUGAAAUCACUUGCACCAAACAAGUAUCACUUAAACGCAAAUUAGAUGAAGGGAGGGAAGACAGUGAUGCUCCCCUGGACCUCAGUGUUCGGGCGAAAGCGCACCCAAGGUGUUUAGAAUUUUGGCCGGAGGUUACUGAACGUGCAAGGCAGGAAGUCUGGCAGUGUGCAGACUGCAAGUCUUGUUCGGUUUGCAAGAACAAGGAAGUUGGGGGUCUUAUUUUAAUAUGUGAUGCCUGUGACAAGGGCUUCCAUGCUACGUGUCACAACCCUGCUGUACCGGCCGAUACAGACCAGUCGCUGCCGUGGAUUUGCUCUGCCUGUCAAGCCGAAGGCUACCGAGUGCAGACCUCCAAUCCGUCCGCGUGUUCUCCUCGCCCUUCCUCCGGUGACGCAGGUACCACGGCGGUUGUCACGACUGCAGUGGCGGAGUUGGGGCCGCCAGCUGAGGGGACUACGCCCGCCUGUCAAAAUCAACCUCCCGUGAGCGAUACCGCGGGAAGUCAGACGCCUGGAAAUUGCGAGGUGUCAGAGGAAUCAGUGUCGACUACUCCAGCCGUUUCAGCGAAAGAACCCGAGGUAGGCCACCCGCCAGAAGAAGCAAGCCCUGCCCGAUCACACUUGGAAGAGGAAGACUAUUUGCCCCCCAACCUAGGGACUCCUCAGCAUGAAUUUUCUGCACCCGAGCUUCAUCUCACUGCCACCCGCCCAGCGGACGUCAAGUUGUGGACGGUAGAUCAAGUCGCCGAAUGGCUGCGUGAACAGGGUGCUUUUGACAAAGAGGCAGAGGCCUUUCGCCAACAGGAUAUUGAUGGUGCCUGUCUCAUGUUGCUGAAACGAAUGAGUGUUCUCACUGAUGUCGGAAUUAAGCUGGGUCCUGCGGUGAAGAUCUUCGAUCGCAUCAAACGACUCCAGUCGCUGCAGCAGCAGCUGGAGUCGACCGAGGGCUAA